AUGGAGGAAAAGAAGCAAGAACUGAAAGAUUCUCCGUUUUCUAUCAAGAACCUCCUGAACAAACCGGACAAACCGAAGCCCGUCCGGACCGCUCACAUGAACCUCUCCGAUCUGAGUUUCCUGCGGUUCGGAUCCUGGUGCUGCCCGACCGGACCCCCGCACACACCCGCAGGUGACCAUCGGACCCGAGACUCACUGACAUCAGAACCGGACGAUCACAAAGACGAGGAGGAGGAAGAGGAGGAAGAGGAGGAAGAGGAGGUGGUUUUGGAGGAAAGCGAUUCGGACGAGCAGAAAAGAGAAGAACUCUCAGAUAAGAAAGUUUGCCGGAAGAAAAAGACCCGAACCGUGUUCUCCCGUUCUCAGGUGUUUCAGCUCGAGUCCAUGUUCGACAUGAAGCGGUACCUGAGCAGCUCCGAACGGGCCGGACUCGCCGCGUCGCUCCACCUCACGGAGACGCAGGUGAAAAUCUGGUUCCAGAACCGGCGGAAUAAAUGGAAGCGACAGCUGUCGGCCGAACUGGAAGCCGCGAACCUCAGUCACGCGCAGAGGAUCGUGCGCGUGCCCAUCCUGUACCACGAGCACGCGGAGAGCGCGCGAGCUGCGAGUCUGACACUCACGCACGCGCUUUACUACCCGCAUCCUCUGAUCAGACCCGUGUGA